GUCAGGAGGCAGAGAAAUAAUCAUAUGCUUAUUACACACCAAGAGAGCAAUACACACGUGUUAUGGCUGCUAUAUGAUUCAUUAUUAGCACGUUAACUAUUUAUUGUUGCUUAACGUUAGAUGCGGUGGCUAGUCAAAGUGGAAUGAAGACUAAUACUGAAGGCAACAACACUGGCUCCUUGUCUAAACAACUAGCUAGCUAUGUAGCCGCCGAGCUAGUUCAUCGGCAACAUAGCCAUUUACGUAGGUUAGUUAGCUAGCUAGCUAGCUAGCUAGGUAAAGCUACUUCAGAAAGCCUUGGUUUAAAAAAAAUAAAUAAAAUAAAUUCCUGGUCCGCAUUAAGUUUUCUUCUCGUGGAAAAUAAGCUCACACAAUCAAAGCGCCGGUCUCCAGUUACACCUUGACCCGAAAAUGGCCACGGAUCCACUCAUCUGGUUUCUUGUAGAGCCCUGAAGAAAUACAAGACCUUAUCACUAGCUUUAUCACUGCUUUAUGCAGAGUGUGCAACCCUUUCUAAAGCAGCCCAGUUGUUUCUUAAAUGGGGGGAGAGUGUCAUCACUCCUUUUUUGGUCCAUUACUUUUCCUAGUCCUGUGUAAAGCUUUAUCCCAUGAACAUAGCGUGCCUUCUCCUGACCCCUUCAGUUUGUGACAAUCACUUGAUCAGAAGGCUUUAGUGAUUAGUCUGCAAAUCACAAUAAAUCAGUCGCUCAUUUAGUCAGUUAUGAACGGCUCCUUAUUAACCCCUCCCAGCCCACGGGCUGCAGCAAACUCAUCCCCUCUUCCUCCAUCGCCGUCUCCCUCCCCUUCUCCUCCGUCUCCCUCAUUGCUGCCCCUUUCUGUGCGUCCCCCACCUUUACCCCCUCCAGCUUCUGGCCAGCCUCUGUCUUCCCUGUCUGAUACACCAACUCCCUCACCUUCUCCCUGCCUUAGCUGGACCGAGUUCUGUGAGCUUCACGCCCGGGUAGCUGCUGGCGAUUUUGCCCGUCACUUCAGGGCCUUUCUCCUGGAGAAUCCACAUUAUUCCCCCGAUUCUGCUGCUGCUUUCUGCCGCCGCUUCACUGACCGAUUUGUUCGGCAUUUUGAGAGCGAACUUGAGGGAAGCAGUGCAGUGAGGGAGGGUACAGGGAUUUGGGUCACUCAGUCAGAUGGCACGUCACUGGAGGAAGAGCCGACAUCUCCACCACUUCUACCACCUGAUGCUGCUGCAACCUGCCUGCCCACACACAUCAGGGCUCCGCCCAAGCCACUUUCAGCUCGGCAGGGACUGGACACUCGAAGUGCGGAUAGAUUUCAGAAUCCCACCGUUUUCCAGGACUCUUAUGCUCCUGCGCAAAUUCUGCCACCUUCUUCUUCUUCAUCUUGUUCAUCUUCAAUGGGCGGGAACAACGGUAGACGGGAAGAUAGGUCAUUGAUGGUUAAGAAGUAUCCUGGCCACUUGCCUGAUAAUGGAGACCUGGAAGAAGAGGAGGACAGCUGGGUGGGGCCAGUGACGGGUGAGGAGGUGGAGUCAGAUGAGCUAGUGGGGAAGGACUGCGAGGCAGAGGGUAGUACUCUCACAGACAGACCUGACGGCAGCCUGACACCACUAAGCCCUGCUUCCGGGGGACCGCUAAACUCUGGGUCAAAGGGCAGCAUCCCGGGUGCAGGUGGUCACUCCAAAAACAAGCUAAAGAAACGCUUCUCCCUGCGCAACGUUGGCCGCAGUGUGCGGGGCAGUGUGAGAGGUAUCCUGCACUGGCGGAGCUCAUCUAGUGACGCGCCUCAAAGUUGUGGCUCGGCUAAUGCCACGCCGCUGCCCUCCAGCUACAGCUACACCAUGGGCCUGCAGGAUGCCAAGAGGAGCAUUCAAGGUGCCCCAGCCUCACUCCCCGUCUCCCUUUCUCUGCCCCUCUCACUCCCUCACUCAUCCUCCUCCUCCCUGCCGCCGUCAUCCUCCAGCAGCGCCACCUCUCUCUCCCUCUCUGAAGCUCGUGAUCGGAGGAGGAGUAACGGAGAAGGAGAGAAGGAGAAAUGGACCCACAGGCUGGAGAAGCUGCGCCUGUCCCGCUCUCCACCACCAAACCUACAAGCACCUGUGGGACCCACAUCAGCCUUGUUGCCUUCUGCCCUACCUUCUAGGAAGACAGGCAGACUUGUACGUGAGGGAGGAGUGAACGUCUGCUCCUCUGCAGAUGAAUUUACUGGCUCUCAUGGCUUUCCGGGCUUCUCUUUCGGGUUGCUCCACCAUGGCAUGGACAAUAACAAUGCCGUCUCUGCCGUCUCCAGUGCGGACCAAGCGGGUGGAAUGCCUCCUCCAGUCACAGGAGGGGCAAUUGCUGGACGGGGCACUCGCUGGCACAAGUGCCGACUGGUUCUCAAGGAGAGAGACAAGGAAGGAGGCGAGAGAGGAGAGGAGUACUUCCUGGAGUUUUACAUCCCUCCCAAGGCCUCCAAGCCCAGACUGACUAUCCCAUGCUGCUGCAUCUUAGAAGUCAGGAGCACCACAGCUCUUGAAGUGCCAGACAAAGAAAACACUUUUCUUCUGCAGUUGGAAGGACAAGUUCAGUAUGUCAUUGAGACCAGAGAUGCUGUUCAGUUGAGAGCUUGGCUGAGUGACAUUAGAAACGGCAUCUGUCUGAGCGAGCAGGAGGAUAUCGAGGGAGUGUGUGGUGGAGCACAGACAGACCUCAGUAGCACACCGGAAUUCAGUGACCGUCUGUCCCAAGUGUGUUAUGGUGGGGUGGGUGGUUCUCCGCUGCUGGAGCCUCUUCCUCCCGAGUUGCCACCCCGCGCCCCUCUAGAUGAACCCGAUGGUCGACUGCUUGGUGGAGGCGGAGCUAGUCUUGGCAUGCCGUUCCCAGAGACACCCGAUGCCACAGGAUCCUUCCUGUUCUCAGAGGGCUCCACAGCAGAGCCAGUGGAGCACUCAUUAAGUGAGUGUCAGUGGUUCCAUGGCACCUUGUCACGGCUGAAGGCAGCCCAGCUGGUGCUGGCAGGCGGCUUGGCGAGUCAUGGCGUCUUCCUCGUGCGCCAGAGUGAAACGCGGCGUGGGGAGUACGUCCUCACCUUCAACUUCCAGGGCAAAGCGAAGCACCUGCGCCUUUCUCUGAAUGAGGACGGUCAGUGUCGCGUGCAGCAUCUCUGGUUCCAGUCUAUCUUUGACAUGCUGGAGCACUUCCGGGUGCAUCCCAUCCCCCUGGAGUCUGGGGGCGCCUCAGACGUCACCCUCAUCAGCUUUGUGGGCUCCACGGCUAACCGUCAACCAGGCCGGGACAGGGCAGGCAGCCGGCCCACAGUCUGUGAUGUCAUCACCACGCGCCACCCUGACUCUCCAUCAACCCCCAUCUCUGACUGUGUACAUGACCAGCAGACCCCGUAGCCCCCCUCAGCCCCCGCCUCCCCCCCUCCCGCCAGGGCGCCCUCCACCACCCACACCACCGCAGGAGCGUGUAACUGAUGUGGAGGCUGUAGGAGGAGGAGGAGCAGCCAGCGGGCCAGAGGAAUGUGAGGAGCGCGAAAGGGACGCGCCCCUAAGACAGCUGGAAGGAGCAGAGGCCGAAGAGAGAGAGGGAGGCCGGGCCCGAGCCAUCGACAACCAGUACUCCUUCUUCUGAGGAACAGAAGAGGAGAGCCAGUCACAAUCAUCACACUGGAUGGUACUCGACCACCAUGUGGUGCUAUGAUUUAUACACAGAUCUUUCAGAUUACUUACCCAGCAGCACACAUUUUCCUGGUACGUUUGUUUUGUUGUCGUUUUUUUUUGUGUGUGUUUGUUGUUUUAUCAUUGGAUCAGCUGCCACUGAUGAACUAUGAUUGUUGCAGUUUAUUUCAGUGCUAGACUUCAGACAGGACUGCUGCUUGCAAAAAUAACCCAAACUCAUCUGUGAGUCAGAGCAGAUAUAAAACAUCUCCAUGGACAUCAUUACCUCGGUGCCCUCGAGCUGUAUGGGUACGACUGCUGAUCUGAGACCUUGGAAUCCUUAAUAAUGAAAUGAAUUUAAAUUGGCUGAUCCCAGAACAGCAGUCUUACAGUGAGAUGCUUGAGGUGUAUGUGCCCUGUUGUCUCAUCCACUGCUUUGCUGAAGGGUGCGCAGGGGUGGUUGGAAGAUUAUCUUGCAAUCAAAUCACAGUUUCACAUCUGCAACAUGCUGAUAUUCCUACCAGUCUUUCACUUUGAUAGCUGUGUUUCAGUCACUUCAUUGGAUCUUGUUUUGAUAAGUGGUUUGAUUAAAAAACAACAACAACAACAACAAAAAAAACGGAAGGCAAAUUCAUCUGGUCACCAUCAGACUUGACUGGGAAUUAAAGAUGUGUGUGCAUGUCCAUUUCCAUUGUGAAAAUAAUUUAUUUUAUACAGUGAUACGAUUGACUGCUGGUCAAAGUCAAAGCACAGGUGACAAGUGAUUUGGUUCAAAAGUCCUGAACCUGUCUCUUAUGUCAGGAGACAAUCUCUUCCCUCGCUCUAUAUUUCUCAUUCUUUGUCUAUAUUCAGUAGCUGCAUUUGAUUCAUCUUAGCUGUCUUUAUGACGUCCCCUCAGUCUAUCAUCUCUCUUCUCAGUCUCAGCAUUCUUACACACACACACAUCUGCACACUGUUUUACUUUUUUGUUUGUUUGUUUGUUUGUUUCAAGGGUUGAGUCCAGAGGAGGGAGAAUGUUGUUCAUUUACACGAGAAUUAGUUUCUUAUUGAAUAUGACUAUAAGGAAGACCGUGAUCAUUGAUAGUAAUAAUUGUCUAAAAAAAUAGUAUUAAUUUUAUUUUUUAUGUUGUUUUAAAAAUGCCUUUGUUGUAUGUUGUUUACUCUAUGUAUGCAUAUUAUUGUUCUCCAGACUGAGUUUCACAUUUUUGUGCCUUUUUUUGUAUAGCUUGCCAUCUCCCUCAGCCUGUCCCACACUAAUUUCUUCUUUGCCUUGUUCCAGUUUCCCCAUAUUUCAAGAAAGUGUUUUGGAAAGAAAAAAAAGAAAAAAAAAAGACCAGGACAAAUGGCAAUUAACUCCCUGUGCCUUCCCGUGUCGUUUUGUCAUCGUCAUCAUUCAUUCUGUGCCAGUCAACUUUGAUUUUGUCUCCUUGCCCUUUCCACUUUACUCCUUCAUCCACAGCACCCACAUCUCAUCAUCAGAUCCUUGUCUUUUUGUAGUCACCUUCUUGCUGUUUUUUUUUUUUAAUUUGUGUAUUACCCUUACACUGAUUAUUUUAUUCUCUUCCCCUUUCUUUGACUUUUGAACUUCUAUAUGUGCCUUUUAUCUCUCUCUUUCUCUCUCUUUCUCUCUCUCUCUGUGCUGGGACCGUGUGUUGAGGUGGACUGUGUUGUCCACUCUGUGUAAUUAGUUUCAGGUACUACAAUGAAUUUAAUAAUAAUAAUAAUAAUAAUAAUAAUAAUAAUACAUGACAAUGGUGAUAUAAAUAUACUGAAACCUG